AUGCCUCUCCCUGCCGCGCUGCUGGCCCGUCUGGCCAAGAGGGGGAUCGUCAAGCCAACGGAGCAAGGGCCGGAUGAAGAGAUUAUAGCGGAAGAUUACGACGACAACAACGUGGAUUACGAAGCCACCAGGGUGGAGGCGCUGCCGCCAAACUGGUAUAAAGUGUACGACCCCACUUGUGGUCUUCCAUACUACUGGAAUGUAGAGACAGACCUGGUGGCCUGGCUGUCCCCCAACGACCCAUCUGCUCAGAUAACAAAAGCUGCAAAGAAACAAAAAGCGGAGGCGGAAGAGCGAGCGGAGCGUCACUCCGACAAGCCGGAGCGAGAGCGGGACCGAGACCGCGAGCGCCACAGAGAUCGCGAAAGAGAGCGAGACCGCGAUAGAGAACGAAGAAAGCAGAGGAGGGACGACGUCGCGCCCUACAAGAGCAAAAGAGGUGCAAAAGAUGACGAAAUGGACCCCAUGGACCCCAGCUCGUAUUCGGAUGCUCCCAGGGGCGCGUGGUCCAGCGGCCUUCCCAAACGCAACGAAGCCAAGACUGGCGCCGACACCACGGCCGCCGGGCCCCUCUUCCAGCAACGUCCCUACCCGAGCCCGGGAGCCGUGCUCCGCGCCAAUGCUGCCAACCAAUUCGUCAAGGAGUGA